AUGUCGCUCCCGCUCAGGACGCAGCCGCCGUCCUCGCCGCGGCGGCGCGAACAAGCUCACAUUCGGCACAGCUCUCACGGCCGCACUCGACGAGACUCGUCUUCCCGCCGCCGCAGGCCAUCUGACGUCGAGGCUCGACCAUCGCACGACUCGCGCACGUCGCGCGCUUCGAGAACCACCCCGAGAAAGGAACAUUCACGCCACCCGUCUUCGCAGAACGCCCUGCCCUCGCCACGGACCCCGCACGCCCGUGAAGAGGACCCAAUGAUGGCGGCCGGGCAAGAGUUGAGCCGCAAGCGCAGCCUCGUGAGGCCAGAGCGCAGCCGCAUCGAUCCCGAGCACCCCAACUAUCACUACCGUCAGCAUGCCACAGGUAUGAACGUGCGGCCCUCAACCACUGGCAACGACCCACUUGCGGAGAACCAUUACGAGGCCGAGACCGCUAGCUCGGAAAGUACGGAUAUCAAAACGCUCGCUCCAAGGGUCCAACAGCAGAGUUCGGGCAACAACUACUACACCGAAAAACGAGAGGCCCACAAUCGACAUGCUGGCGCCGAUCGCAGGCUCCAGCGCAGAUCCACCCGGCAAGAACCGAGGAAGAAGGACAAAGACGCGAAGGCCCGGGAGCGCAUCCGCAACGGGGAGAGACCCCCGAGUUUGUGGAGCGUUUACUGCGCCAUCAUCACCUUCUGGGCGCCAGGCUGUAUUAUGCGCUGUUUUGGGAUGCCUCAGAAAGCGCAACAGCAGGCUUGGCGCGAGAAGAUCGGUCUAAUCAGCAUCAUCAUGUUGAUCUGCGCAUUCGUUGGUUACUUGACAUUUGGUUUCACCCAGACUGUUUGCCCUAACGGAGGCCCGAUGCGGUUGCGAGUCAACAAAGUUGACACUGGCUACAUGAUUAUCCACGGGAAAGCGUACGACCUCUCACGGUCCUCCCAUCCCUGGGUACGCGGAAUUCCUGAAGGUGCAAAUGUUCUUUUCGAUCUCCCAGAAAAGCAGGGCGGCAAAGACGCCAGUUUCCUGUUUCAGAACGUCAACGGUCACUGCAAGGGCUUGAUCACCGCAGCAGACGGCUCUGACGUGGUUUCUGAGGACAAUGGUGCCGAACUGGCCUGGUACUUUCCCUGCAACACCUUCAACCAGGAUGGUUCUUCGGAGCCCAACUUCACGACGCCAUAUUACCUAGGAUAUGCGUGCCACACGUCUUCCAAUGCCCGUGAUGCGUACUACAGCCUCAAGAGCGACGGCGACGUCUAUUUUACCUGGGACGAUGUGAAGAAUUCGAGCCGAAACUUGAUGGUCUACAACGGCGAUGUGCUCGACCUGAACCUUCUGGAGUGGUUCAACACCAGUCAGGUUUCAUACCCCAGUCGCUUUGAUGAUAUUCGGAAGAACUCUGCACUGCGUGGCGUUGACAUUACCCGCUCCUUCACAUCGUCACAAGACAAGCAAAUCGCCAAGUGCUUUUCGGAAAUUAUCAAGGUUGGCUCUAUCGACACCGAAAGCAUUGGCUGCAUUGCUUCCAAGGUUGUGCUCUACGUAUCGUUGGCAUUCAUUCUCUCCAUUGUUGCUGCCAAGUUCGUCCUCGCACUGGCUUUCCAGUGGUGGAUCUCCAAGAAGUAUGCUGCCGACAAGUCCGGAUUGGGCCUCAAUCACAAAAAGAGGCAGAAGGAAAUCGAAGACUGGGCCGAUGACAUCUACCGUCCUCCGCCAAAGAUUGCCGAUCCCACUGGGCCCGCUCCGGUGGAUCGCGGCAACAAGCGCAGCAGCAAGUUCUUCCCGUCGACAUCCAGAUUUACCAGCCCCUACGCAAUCGACUCUGGCACAUCCCGCCCGGCACCAACAACCAUGGCAAGCCAAAACUCGACCGCUCGUCUUAUGAAUCCCGUUUUUAGACAGGGCAAUCGAAGUGAAGGCACUCUUGACGUGAAUAGCAGGUCUGGUGGAGGCGAUAGCCGCACCAGCUUGAUGCUUCCGCCCACUUCUUCUGACCAGCGAUACUCCAGCUACAUGGGUGAAUCCGAGGGCCCUGGCCCGGCAGGCUUCAUCCACGAAGCUGUGGUGCCGCAACCUCCUCCGGAAUGGCAGCCGUUUGGCUACCCUCUUGCACAUUCAAUUUGCCUGGUCACCACGUACUCUGAGGGCGAGGAAGGCAUUCGCACUACCUUGGACUCCAUCGCCACGACCGAGUAUCCCAACAGCCACAAGCUCAUCCUCGUCAUCUGUGACGGUAUCAUCAAGGGCAAGGGCGAGGAGUUCUCGACGCCGGAGAUUUGCCUUGGCAUGAUGAAGGACCACGCCGUUUUGCCUGACGAGGUUCAAGCGUUCUCGUAUGUUGCCGUUGCCGGCGGAGCGAAGAGGCACAACAUGGCCAAGAUCUACUCGGGCUUCUACGACUAUGGCGACGAUUCGCGCAUCCCGCUGGACAAGCAGCAGCGCGUGCCGAUGAUGCUUGUUGUCAAGUGUGGCACUCCCGAGGAAGCUAGCAAGUCCAAGCCCGGCAACCGCGGCAAGCGCGACAGCCAAAUCAUCCUGAUGUCUUUCCUCCAGAAAGUCAUGUUCGACGAACGCAUGACGGAGCUCGAGUUUGAAAUGUUCAACGGGAUCUGGAAGAUCACGGGGAUUUCUCCAGACUUCUACGAAAUCGUGCUGAUGGUUGAUGCGGAUACGAAAGUUUUCCCAGAUUCUCUGACGCACAUGAUCUCCGCCAUGGUCAAAGAUCCCGAGAUUAUGGGCUUGUGCGGUGAGACUAAGAUCGCCAACAAGCGCCAAUCGUGGGUGUCAAUGAUUCAGGUCUUUGAGUACUUCAUUUCUCACCAUCAGGCCAAGUCGUUCGAAUCCGUCUUUGGCGGUGUAACGUGCUUGCCUGGCUGCUUCUGCAUGUACCGCAUCAAGGCGCCCAAGGGCGGACAGAACUACUGGGUCCCGAUCCUUGCCAACCCCGAUGUCGUCGAGCACUACUCGGAGAACGUCGUCGACACGCUGCACAAGAAGAACUUGCUUCUUCUCGGCGAGGACCGUUACCUGUCAACGCUGAUGCUGAAGACGUUCCCGAAGCGCAAGCAAGUGUUCGUUCCACAAGCAGUCUGCAAGACGACGGUUCCGGACGAGUUCAAGGUUCUGCUCUCGCAGCGGCGGCGGUGGAUCAACAGCACUGUCCACAACCUGAUGGAGCUCGUUCUUGUGCGGGACCUGUGCGGGACGUUCUGCUUCAGCAUGCAGUUCGUCGUCUUCAUCGAGCUGGUGGGCACGCUUGUGCUGCCGGCGGCCAUUUCGUUCACCAUCUAUCUGAUUGCGAUCGCCAUUAAGGCGGCAGUCGAGCACACGGAGGCGCCGACGAUUCCUCUGGUGCUGCUCGCGCUCAUUCUCGGUCUUCCGGCGGUCCUGAUUGUGCUCACCGCUCAUCGGUGGUCGUACGUGGCAUGGAUGCUGAUCUACCUCAUUUCCUUGCCCAUCUGGAACUUCGUCCUCCCGACGUACGCCUACUGGAAGUUUGAUGACUUCACGUGGGGUGACACGCGGAAAACGGCAGGCGAGACGAAGAAGGGCGGGCACGAGGACGACGGCGAGUUCGACAGCAGCAAGAUCACGAUGAAGCGGUGGCAGGACUUCGAGCACGAACGAAGGCUCAAAGGGUCGAGUGUGGGUUGGUCGCAGCAGAGCGCAGGAUGGGCGGCGGGUGGCUCGCAUCAGCAGCAGCAAGGAUACGAAGCGUACUAUGAGCAUUAA